ACAAAUUUGGUGUGACCAUUGUGGUUAAUUACACUUUAAUUUUAUAAUUUCGCUGCAUUGGCUUCUCCAAUUCUAUUCGUGGUUCACUCCGCGGCUUAAAGAUGAAGUGCUUUAUCCCCGGGUGCAUCACAAAUGAUGACAUCGUUAGCUGCACCUCGGUGUUUUUCGUUAGCUUUCCCAAAACCAGAUCCGUGCAGCAGCAAUGGUAUACGGUGUUGGAAGUGACGGACCGAGAGGAAAGGGAGGGCUUCAAGGCAGGCCGUUUAAAAAUCUGCUCCACACACUUUCCCGAGGACUGCUUCACCACCCAUCCCCAGUACGGAUACCGGUUUCUCCAGCACAGCGCCAUCCCGUCGGUGUUCCCUGCAGAGCAACAAAGUACCGUGGCACAGGAUGAGGAGCAGGAUGAAUUAGAUGGCUCCCAGAGUGACGAACAGGAACAACGGAGUGACGAGGAGAAGGAAGAGCUUCAACUGGUAGCACAGACGGAGGACGAGGCCGAAAUUGCUAUUGCCAGUGAAGAACCUGCGGAGGAAUUCGGCGUACAGUACGUGAAUGGCCAGUACAUAAUACUGAAGUUGGUAAACCAGCCAUCGGAUCAGCAGAAUGCCCCGAGCCUUGAGGAAAUACCGAAUGAUCAUACAGGAGAAGAAGAAGCGAAGAAAGAAGAAGCCACGCUACUGGAUGAGUGCACGGAAGGUAAUGCGGACAUUAUCGAAGAACCACCACCAGAUCAAGAGACCGUGCAAGAGGUGUACAUGGAGGAUGGAUUGGCCGAGGAAGGCGAAUACAAACAGGUAGAGGAAUGCCUCGAGGAUGAAAAGAGUGAUCAAGUGGUUAGAAUAGAAUGCACAAUGGUAGAGAAUUCACCUGAGGACACCACGGACGGAGAACCGCAGCACAUUACCAAUGAGCAGGAAGAGAAGGUAAUAAUUCUAGAGCAAGAGGAACCGGCAGACGGAACUAACGGCAGUAAUGAAACGUUCGAGGUCGUUUCGAAUACAUACGGAGCUAUUGAGGCUUUGGAUGAAAUGUCCGUGGACGGUGAUCAAGUGAAGGUGAGCCAGAACCGCUACAAGAACCGUGCUUUUACUGAAUUCUGUCAGUAUUGCAGUAAAGGAUUCUAUUUCAAAAGUGCCCUACAACGUCACGAGGUGGUUCACACAGGCGCUAAACCGUUCGUCUGUGACAUCUGUAAUCGUAGCUUUAGUCAAAAGACGAACCUUACGUGUCACAUGGUGAUCCAUUCGGGAAAGCCGCGCAUCAAACCGCACGUCUGUGGGCAGUGUGACGCAUCCUUUGAUAGACUGAGCGGCCUGCUCAUGCACCAGCGGAUACACCAGCGGCGUUCUCCUUACGAGUGUCCGAUCUGCUCCACCAUAGAGACCUGCUCGACCACCUUCUACGACCACCUGAAGAAGUUGCAUAAGGAUCAGAUCACGAUUCAGGAGUGUCUCGAUCUGAUGGCACACCAGGGCAGUGCGCUGGUGUAUGACGAGCCCCAUAGCCCAACGCGGCCAGAUGAGAUGAAACUGGCGGACGGUAGCUUCCAGUGUACGGGAUGUGAGAAGGUGUACAAGACCAUGCGCCGGUUGAACAAGCAUAUGCGCACUAUGCACCCAAAGAUCUUCUCCUGUGUCCACUGUUUCCAACGAUUCCCGUACAAAAGCCUCUUGCAAAAGCACAUGACGGUACACACGAAGGAGCAGGCGCAUCCGUGCUCGCACUGCGAUGCCAAGUACACGCAGAAAUCGAACCUGGUGAGCCAUAUGAUUCGUUAUCACCCGGACAUGCUACAGCCAGAGAUGCUAAAGCGCAGAACCACGGUCACUUGCCCAAAAUGUAAGAUGAUGAGUGUUCGUGCCAACUUUCUACAGCGCCACCGUUGUGUGGUUCAGUCUGCGCGUAAGCGAAAGCGAUCCAGUACAGCAUCAGCUUCGGACCAGAAGUACGCCGAAAGAGCAGAUGGGAAAAUGGGCACCAAGGGCAAGGAACUAAGGCAGGAACGUUUCCACACUCCUAUCUUCGAAUGUGGGACUUGCCGGAAAACGUGGCGUUCGAGUGUUGCUCUGAGAAAUCAUCGUUGUCCUGGACGGGCCGCUCUGGACGAACGGAAAGCGGAGGAGACAACCGAGAGUGAACAGGACAUUCCAAGUCCCAGUGAAUGCCAUCCCAAAGACCAGUACGAUGAUGAGCAGUUCAUGGAGGAUGAGUUUGCUGAGAUCGGAGUGAUGGUGGUUGACGGUUAUAGUUUGGACGGCACAGAACCAACCACUGUAGUUCUUUUCACUGAAGAAUCCGGUUCAAGCCACUGACACAAACCGGGGACUAGCGAUUUCUUCGCCUGCAGUUUCGUUGAAGAAAUAAUGUGUUGAAAUUUAACUAAAAUAUAAUCGUGCAGCAAAUCGUUCUAUAAUAACA